AUGAUAUCAAGACGACUUCUACUUAUUUUCAUAUUGGUAAAUGUGACUUAUGGACUUAAUAAUGGUCUUGGAAAAACUCCACAAAUGGGUUGGAAUAGUUGGUAUAAUUUUUGGUGUAAUUAUACAGAAAAAAUGAUUCAACAGACAGUUGAUAUAAUUAUAAAUAGUGGUUUGGCUGCAGCCGGCUAUGAAUAUAUCAACUUAGACGAUUGUUGGCAGAUAAGUCGUGACGCUAAUGGUACUAUUCAAGCUGAUCCAAAAGUAUUUCCUAGUGGUAUACAUGCUCUUAUUGACUAUGUCCAUUCUCGUAAACUUAAAUUUGGUUUAUAUUCAGAUGCUGGAUACAAAACAUGUGCUGGUCGACCUGGUUCGUUAGGUUAUGAAAGAAAAGAUGCAAAUACAUAUGCUUCAUGGGAUAUCGAUUAUUUAAAGUAUGACAAUUGCUAUACAGAUGGUACUAAACCAGAAGUACGCUAUCCAGUGAUGCGUGAUGCAUUAAAUGCUACCGGUCGACCAAUUUUUUACUCAUUAUGUGAAUGGGGCGUUGAUACACCGGCUCUAUGGGCCGCAGAUGUUGGUAAUAGUUGGCGAACAACUGAAGAUAUUUUGGAUACUUGGGAUUCAAUGAUCAGCACUAUAGAUAUAAAUAAUCAAUUUGCUGAUAAAGCAGGACCUGGUGGUUGGAAUGAUCCUGAUAUGCUACGAAUAGGCAAUGGUGGUAUGACAGAUACAGAAUAUAUCUCUUAUUUCUCCCUUUGGGCGAUUAGUAAAGCUCCACUUUUGAUUGGCGGUGAUGUACUAAAGAUGAGUCAAGCCACUCUAAAUAUUUAUUUAAAUUCUGAAGUAAUCGCUAUUAAUCAAGAUCCUUUAGGUGUGCAAGGUAAGAAAAUUCUUGCCUCUUCAUCCCAACUACCGAACAUUCCAAGCAUGGUACUUAUGAGGGAUUGUUCCUCGCUAAAAAUCAUACAGCAACGUCAGAAAUGGAUAUAUGAUCCACACGAUGGUAAAAUUCGACUAGGAAUUGAUGGAAAAUGUUUGACAAUUGAAAAAUGUGAUUCUAACGAUCCAAUCAGUCUUAUCACCACUUCAUGUUACAUCGAUAAUUCUAAAGCACCAUGUCAAGGUAAAAAUCAACAGUGGACAGUAAACACCGACAAACAGACAAUUGUUUCUCAACUCAAUGGAAAAUGUUUGAGCGUUAACAAUCAGCAUAAACGUAUUGUAAGUGUAUCUUCUUGUAAUGAACGAGAAAGUCAAACAUGGAUAUGGAAUCAAACAGACGGUUUAUUGAAAAAUACAGAUAAUGGUCAAUGCUUGACUGUUGAACAAAAUAUUGAAAUAUGGGCGGGUCCACUAUCUGACGGAUCACAAGCUGUUCUAUUGCUCAAUCGCAAUAGUACUACCAGCGAAGUAAUCACAGUCAAAUGGACUGAUUUUGGUUGGCCCGCUAAUCAAUGGGCUCAAGUACGUGAUUUAUGGACUCGACAAGAUUUAGGCAUGUUUUUCGGUAGUUAUACAUCGCUAAAUAUUGAACGACAUGCUGUUCAAAUGCUCAAAAUCACGCCUAUUCAUUAUAAUAAAAGAGAUUUUUCAGUUUUUCUAGUAAUAAUGUUUAAUAGACAAAAAAUAAUAAAUUUUAAGAUAAAUUAA